AUGUCGACCUCUACGUGCGCAGUCGCAGCUCGACUACUCCGUCGAUGCGAGUGGUCCAUCUCGAAACGUUGCAUCUCGUCGGUGCGUUCAGGAGCAGCACAAGGGCCCGAGGCUACGCGAGCGAGCAGCGCCCGUGGCUGGGUGACGCUGGGUGCAUCGACUUGAGGGAGCGACCGGAGGGCUUGAACCAGGAGCUGACGAUCCACGACAUUCGACGCCUCGCUAGUCGGUCAACCUUAGCAAACGUCAGCGAGGACGCUGUAAGUCAUAUCCCAUGGAAUUUGGUUCGCGCGAGUCAGUUUCUCCACCGCUCAUCGUCAUCGCUGUCCCCUUGCUUGCAGUCAAGCGACCCGCCGGCUCUGCUAGCGCAUCAUCAAAUCUGA